CAACGACGGGAAGCUUUUGGUACCCAAAAUCUCCACUCUCUCUAAUCAGAUCAACAUCAACAUCUGGAUUCCAGCACAACCCAGGCGAUCUCGAUCUAGAUCUAGUGCUUCUCUUGGUUCGCCAUUGAAUUUAGGUUAAGAUUGUAGGAUGUUCCUGCAAAAUUAGCCCCGAUUCGGCGGGUUAGGUUCCAGAUCUCAAGUCGAUCUCCAUUCUGAGGAACUCAAUUUUGAAGGUGGAGUUUGGUUAAGUAUUAAAAUGCCUGUGAAACCUGCACAAUCUUCAUUUCGGGACAGGACGCAAGAAUUCCACAGCAUAGCAGAAAAGGUAAAGAAGUCGAUUUCGUCAGUUCCUGGGCAAAAUGGGCCGAGUAGGAGUUCCAAGGCUGAGGAACAGCGAUCUGCAGUUGCGCUUCAGUCGGAGUUUAACAGGAGGGCGUCUAAGAUUGGGUUUGGGAUUCAUCAGACCUCGCAGAAGCUUGCAAAGUUAGCAAAAUUGGCAAAGAGAACUUCAGUUUUUGAUGAUCCCACCAUGGAAAUUCAGGAACUCACAGCUGUUAUCAAGCAGGAUAUCACUGCACUUAACUCUGCAGUAGUAGAACUUCAAAUCUUUUGCAAUGCCAGAAAUGAAAGUGGUGUCUCUAGUGAUACUUCUAGUCACUCGACCACAGUCGUAGAUGACCUGAAGAAUCGGUUGAUGAGUGCUACUAAGGAGUUCAAAGAAGUCCUCACCAUGAGAACAGAGAAUCUUAAGGUUCACGAGAAUAGAAGGCAGUUGUUUUCGUCCACAGCUUCAAAGGAUUCUGCAAGUCCUUUUGUUCGUCAGCGCCCUCUGGCUGCCAAAUCUGCUUCUGGCGCCACAACUAACCCUCCUCCAUGGGUUAAUGGGUCAUCAUCUUCAUCUCAGUUGUUUCCUAGAAAGCAAAUGGAAGGGGAUAGCCAGCCAUUGCUGCAGCAACAACAGCAACAGCAACUCGUUCCAUUGCAAGACACUUACAUGCAGAGCAGAGCUGAAGCUCUUCAAAAUGUGGAGUCCACUAUCCAUGAGCUGAGCAGCAUUUUCAACCAGUUGGCAACUUUGGUUUCCCAGCAAGGAGAGAUUGCUAUCAGGAUUGACGAGAACAUGGAUGACACCUUGGCAAAUGUUGAGGGAGCACAGGGGGCUUUGCUCAAGUACCUAAACAGUAUAUCAUCUAACAGGUGGCUGAUGAUCAAGAUAUUUUUUGUAUUGAUUUUUUUCCUUAUGGUUUUCCUAUUCUUUGUGGCAUAGUCAAUAAAGAACAUACGAGUUGAUGGAAAAAGAAAGAAAAUGAUAUGAUUCCCUUAUCUUCUUGUCCUAUUCUUUCUAGCUGUCAUUUUUCUCAAAAAAAUUCCAUGCUAGUGAGGUAUGAUAAGAUUCAGCAUUAGGAUUUUCUGGGUCGUAUAUGUACAUGUACGGUUAAGUAUAAUUGUACAAGGUAUUUGAAACAAUGAGAAGUGAAGAAAAUAUUCCUUUAUCC